CUGGGAGGGCGGCGGGGAGGGUAUGGCGGCCACGUUCUUCGGGGAGGUGGUGAAGGCGCCGUGCCGAGCCGGGACGGAAGACCAGGAGGAAGAGGAGGACGAGGGGAGGGGGACGGCCGAGGACAGGGAGGUCCGGCGGCAGCUGGCGCGGAAGAGGGAGGUGCGGCUCUUUCGAAGACAAACAAAAACAUCUUUGGAAGUUUCUCUGCUGGAAAAAUAUCCUUGCUCCAAGUUCAUAAUUGCUAUAGGAAAUAAUGCAGUAGCAUUUUUGUCGUCAUUUGUUAUGAAUUCAGGCGUCUGGGAAGAAGUCGGUUGUGCCAAACUCUGGAACGAAUGGUGCAGAACGACAGACACUGUGCAUCUCAACCCGGCAGACGCCUUUUGUGUGUUUUAUCAUCUAAAAUCGAAUCCCUCGGUCUUGCUCUGUCAGUGCAGCUGCUAUGUGGCUGAAGACCAGCAGUAUCAGUGGCUGGAAAAGGUCUUUGGCUCUUGCCCAAGGAAGAACAUGCAAGUGACUGUACUCACGUGUCGACAUGUUACUGACUAUAAAACCUCAGAAUCCACCAGCAGCCUCCGUUCUCCUUUCCUGAAAGCCCUAAAGACAGAGAAUUUCAAAGAGCCUCCAUGCUGUUCACUGUUGGAACAACCAAACAUUGUACAUGAUCUUCCUGCAGCAGUUCUGAGUUACUGCCAAGUGUGGAAAAUCCCUGCGAUCCUGUACUUGUGCUACACUGAUGUGAUGAAGUUAGACCUCAUUACAGUUGGAGCUUUUAAGCCCGUCCUUUCUUCCAGAAGCUUGAAAGGUUUGGUGAAGAAUAUUCCCCAGAGCACAGAGAUACUGAAGAAAUUGAUGACCACAAAUGAGAUUCAGAGUAACAUUUACACGUGAUUCCAGAGGUGGUUUUGUACAGUGUGUUAUUACCCCCCCCCGUUCCUGUAGGGGAGCAGCGUGUCCCCCCCGUUCCUGUAAGGGGAGCAGUGUCCCAUUUUGUUGGUUCCUUUUUCCCAAGGGGGUCUUUUGAGGGUGUUCAAACAGAAUAAACUUAUUUUAAAUUCA